AAAAAGUGCAUAUAUUGGCAUCAUAUGUUUAGCUUCGUAGUUAACAGAUAAUAAUAAAAAAAAUGUCAUUAGUGAUAUGAGUGCUUACCAUACUUCUCAUAUUAUUUAGAUCUAGAUCUAUGUUGUAUCUUUGAUAUGUGAUAUAGAUCUAUAGCUUAUUAGAAAUAGAUCUAGUACAAGUAGACAGUUAAUCUAGAUAGAUCUAUAAAUAUCAACAUGAGUUCAUACUCCUUCUUUUUUAUUUCUACACUUGCUGUCAUUAUUUUUCUCAAUUUCUGGUCAUCGACGGGGGUGGAGGCUUCUAGCUUUGAGGACACAAGAUGCAAAUGUGUUUGUGAUAAAACUUGGGAUUCUGAAGGAAAAAAAACAAGAGCUGUCUUUACAAAUACUACUAGAAGUGAACUUUGUGAUUGUGUACAUGUUGUUACACCAGUAGCUCCAAAACUGCCAUGUUCUCGGUGUUUGUGUCGGACUGAGACCAGAAAUACUACCACUAUAAAGGUGGUUGUCAUCUUCAUCAUCUGUGUGAUCUCCCUUCUCUUUGUCUACAUGCUGUUUUUGAUGUGCCUCGAUCCAAUCAUCCAGAGACGACCAACUACCUACCACCAGCACACCAACGAGGAGGUGAAUAUGUCGAGACAGCCAACAGAGGAGGACCUCUCUGGGGUGCGUUCAGAAGGUGCCAGUACUCCCACAGUUACCCAGGAUAUGUCUGCCAGGCAGAGAUCACUGCUGAACAUAGUACAGAAAGAGCAGAAAAAAUGGAAGGGCACUGUGCAGGAGCAGCGCAAAAACAUAUACGAUAGGCAUUCUAUGCUCAACUAAGUGUUUCUCACCUGGUAGUAUGCUGAAGAUACAGGAAGGAUAUAGUUGUUUGUUGUUGUUUUUUUGUAUUAUAUUUUUCCUUAGAAAGUUAAUAAUUUAGUAGCAUUUUGCUUCAUUUUUUUUUUAAAAAAAGCUUUAGCAUUUGUGAAUAUUAACAAAGUUACCUAAUUGAUGUAAUGAAUGCCUUACUUAUAGCAGGACAAGGGCAUACUUUAAUACUUUCUACUCUGUAAUAUGCAGCUAAGCAAGUUAAGGGGAUUUAUGUUUUAUAUAGAACAGUAUUUUUGUACUAGUCAUAAAACUUUCUAAUAAUUCACUUCUAACACUUACAGUGUUAUGGAAAAUAAAGUCCAUCUGACUGGGGCCUAAGUGUUCAAUCUCUAGCACUUCACUGGUACUGGUAUGUCAAAAAAAGGUAGUCAUUGUUUUAGUACUUGUUGAAACUACUGAUGAAUAGUGGAGGAAUGUAGUUGGCCAUUGAAGAUAGUAUCUAUCAUCUAAUAUGUUGAGUUUUUAUGCUCUCGUUUUCAAUCCAAUUCAACUUCUUUUUUAUAACAGUACAAACAUACAAAUAUCAGACUGAUAUUUAACAAACAAUUGUUCCCCUUAUGUGUUAUUAGUUGUGUGAUUAUUUUAAUGGUGAAGCUGAUUUGAUGUAAUUAAAGUGCUCAUAUCAAAGUGUAAAUUAGAGUGUAUAUUGAGCUCUCUCUUGUUCUAAGAGAUUUAAAAAAUACUCAUCUCUGUUGUUAUUGUAUUAAUUAAGAAAAAUAAUUAUGCAAACAUUUAAAAACAAUUUUCAGUACAAGGAAUAUGAUCAUAAGUUGAAACUUUAUCCUUGUUCUUAGUCUUGUGAAUGUUUGACAUUCAAAAGAUGUUUUUGACCUUUACUUUAGUAAGCUCAAUGUUUGAAUGUAGCCUCUAGUUGCGAUUUAUCUUUCUAAAUAAGUGUGCAAUACAUUGUAUGAAUGGAAACUGAUUUAAAAUGGUUCUUGUUAAUUUUUUCUUGGUUGAAAUAAUUAUUUUAGAAAAUUAUUUUGUCUCUGUUAAUAGAUAUGUUUAUAAAAAAAAUAACUUAUUAUGGGAGUUUAAAAACUGAUUACUGCUGAGAAGUAAUCAGAUAAUGUGAUACAGUUGUCAGUUGCUGUUUUUUUCUCUAGCAAAUCAAAAACUGUGAUACAAUUACAAAGAUGAUGUAUCCAGUUGUACAUAGCUCUUUUUUGUUGACUAGAAACCUGAUUGGUUUCACUAAGUCAAUCAAGAAAAGUUUUGUUUUUUUCCUUUUAUCAAGAUUUAAUCCAAAACUACUUCUAGAGAGGUUAAGCUCAUCUGUUGACUUAACAUAUAGCCUUAUAGUUUAUUUACUAAGUGAUAAAUUCUCAUCACAUUUGUACAGACUCUUGACCACUUUCUGUCCCUUGAUAGCACUGACAAAAUAUCUCAACAUUAGUUCACGGCAUGGUCAAUUGUCUUGUAACUCUAUACUCUUAUAAAAAGUAGGAGGUUUGUAUUUGGGUCUUAGUGCUUGGGGAUUUGUUAAUGUAAAAGUCUCUUUGGUAACUAUAGCAAGGUACUUAUAGCCAUCAUUAGAAACUAUCUUAACUUUUAUUAAAUAAUGUGAGGUGCCCACUAGAACUGGCUGAACUCUUGUAUUACACCUACAAUUUUAUUUCAUUGUUUUUGUUUUUUUCCAACAAAACAAAAAUGAAUCUCAGAAGUUUUAUUGCCAUUUCCUUUACGUUCAUUUUCAAUGAAUUUUACUGCAUAGAGUAUUGAUAAUAAAAGAUAAGCUUUGUAAAUUAACUUGAAUAAUUACUUAUGUAUGAGAUAUAACAAAAAUAUUUAGGCAUUCUUUUGUUUAUUUAAAUGAAAAGCACUGACCAGAUGUUUGUGUAAGAAAAUGAAGUAGUUUUUGGUUUGUUGUUGAGUGAGUAUGGGGUAAAAGGUGUGUUCAUUAUGAGAGUUGUCCUUCUUGUGUACUUACAUUCCUUGAUUUCAUUGUUUACUUGGAGCAUUUAUUUAUAUCAUAUAUGUCUAUUCAGAAUUGUAUUUGUGUAGCAGUGCUGUCAUUUAUGUUUUUGAUUGUUGGUUUUAGUUGGCAUCCAUUUCAGAGGUCAACAAUUCUGUCAAUAUUUAAUGUUUCAUUAAUCAAAUUAGUCAUUAGAGUAUUUGUAAAACUGACUUCGUUGGGUUGUCUUCUAGAUCAAAUAGUCAUUAAAAAUCUUUUUAUCAUUUAGAAA